GAGCUGACCUGCCCCUAGCCCCAACACUCGGACCAUGCACGCAGUCGGGACCUGCGGGGUCGCCUGGCGCCAGACACCCAGCUCCACCGGCUUUCAGUCCAUACCUCCGCCGCAGCCCCGCCUGCUGCUGCUGCUGCCGCUUCUCCUGUCGCUGGUAAGCCGCGUCCCGGCACAGCCCGCCGCCCCUGGCCGGGCGUUGCUGUCCCCGGGUCUCGUGGGGGCUGCAGGGAUCCCUGCCGAGGAGGCCAUAGUGCUGGCGAACCGGGGACUCAGGGUGCCCUUCGGCCGUGAAGUCUGGCUGGAUCCGCUGCACGACCUGGUGUUGCAGGUGCAGCCGGGAGACCGCUGCGCGGUGUCCGUGCUAGAUAACGACGCGCUGGCCCAGCGGCCAGGCUACCUGAGUCCCAAGCGCUUCCCGUGCGACUUCGGCCCUGGCGAGGUGCGCUACUCGCAUCUAGGCGCGCGCAGCCCGUCGCGGGACCGCGUCCGGCUGCAGCUGCGCUACGACGCGCCCGGAGGGGCGGCAGUGCUACCCCUGGUGCUGGAGGUGGAAGUGGUCUUCACCCAGCUGGAGGUCGUGACUCGGAACUUGCCGCUGGUUGUGGAAGAACUGCUGGGUACCAGCAAUGCUUUGGACGCGCGGAGCCUGGAGUUCGCCUACCUGCCCGAGACAGAGGAGUGCCGCGUGGGCAUCCUGUCCGGUGUGGGCGCGCUGCCUCGCUAUGGAGAACUCCUCCACUACCCGCAAGUCCCCGGGGGAGCCAGAGAGAGAGGUGCCCCGGAACCUCUCCUGAUGGACUGCAAGGCUUUCCAGGAGUUGGGCGUGCGCUACCGCCACACAGCCCCCAGUCGCUCGCCAAACAGGGACUGGGUGCCCAUGGUGGUGGAGCUGCGUUCACGAGGUGCUCCUGUGGGCACCCCCGCUUUGAAACGCGAGCACUUCCAGGUGCUGGUGCGGAUCCGUGGAGGGACCGAGAACACUGCACCCAAGCCCAGUUUCGUGGCCAUGAUGAUGGUGGAGGUGGACCAGUUUGUACUGACCGCCCUGACCCCAGACAUGCUGGCAGCGGAGGAUGCUGAGUCUGCCCCCGACCUGUUGAUCUUUAACCUCACCUCUCCGUUCCAGCCUGGCCAGGGCUACUUGGUAAGCACUGAUGAUCGCAGCCUGCCCCUUUCUUCCUUCACUCAGAGGGAUCUGCGCCUCCUGAAGAUCGCCUACCAGCCGCCCUCUGAAGACUCUGACCAGGAGCGGCUCUUUGAACUGGAGCUGGAGGUAGUGGACCCGGAAGGAGCAGCUUCAGACCCUUUUGCCUUCAUGGUAGUGGUGAAGCCCAUGAACACACUGGCUCCCGUGGUCACCCGGAAUACUGGUCUUAUUCUCUAUGAGGGUCAGUCUCGACCCCUCACGGGCCCUGCGGGCAGUGGCCCGCAAAACCUGGUCAUCAGUGAUGAGGAUGACCUAGAAGCAGUGCGGCUGGAGGUGGUGGCUGGGCUCCGACAUGGUCACCUUGUCAUUCUGGGUGAUUCCAGUGGCAACUCUGCUCCCAAAAGCUUUACAGUGGCUGAGCUGGCAGCCGGCCGGGUGAUCUACCAGCAUGACGACAAAGAUGGCUCACUGAGUGACAACCUGGUGUUCCGCAUGGUGGAUGGGGGAGGCAGGCACCAGGUACAGUUUCUCUUUCCUAUCACCUUAGUGCCUGUGGACGACCAGCCGCCUGUCCUCAAUGCCAACACUGGGCUGACACUGGCAGAGGGUGAAACAGUACCCAUCCUGCCCCUUACUCUGAGUGCCACUGACAUGGACUCAGAUGACUCUCUGCUGCUGUUUGUGCUGGAGUCACCCUUCUCAACUACAGGGCAUCUGCUUCUCCGUCAAACCCACCCUCCUCGUGAGGAGCAGGAGCUUCUUGAGGGUCAUUGGAGGAAGCAGGGGGCAUUCUAUGAGCGAACAGUGACAGAGUGGCAGCAGAGGGACAUAACAGAGGGGAGGCUGUUCUACAGGCACUCUGGGCCCCAUAGUCCUGGGCCAAUCAUGGACCAGUUCACGUUUAGAGUCCAGGAUAACCAUGACCCCCCUAAUCAGUCUGGGCUACAGAAGUUUGUGAUACGCAUCCAUCCCGUGGAUCGCCUCCCUCCGGAGCUGGGCAGUGGCUGUCCCCUUCGGAUGGUGGUGCAGGAAUCCCAGCUCACACCCCUGAGGAAGAAGUGGCUGCGUUACACUGACCUGGACACAGAUGACCGAGAGCUACGUUAUACAGUGACUCAGCCCCCCAUGGACACAGAUGAAAACCACUCACCAGCCCCGCUGGGCACCUUGGUCCUGACUGAGAGCCCCUCAGUCGUGGUGACCCAUUUUACCCAAGCCCAGAUCAACCACCACAAAAUUGCAUACAGAUCCCCGGGUCGAGAACUGGGAGUGGCUACUCGCGUGGCCCAGUUCCAGUUCCAGGUGGAGGACCGAGCUGGGAAUGUGGCUCCAGGCACCUUCACCCUUCACUUGCAGCCUGUGGACAACCAGCCCCCUGAGAUCCUCAACACUGGCUUCACUAUUCAGCAGAAGGGCCACCACAUCCUGAGUGAGACUGAGCUGCACGUGAGUGACAUAGACACUGACAUUGCCCACAUCUCUUUCACUCUCACGCAGGCACCCAAACACGGCCACAUGCGAGUGUCUGGGCAGAUACUACAUGUAGGGGGGCUCUUCCACUUGGAGGACAUAACACAGGGCAGAAUUUCCUACUCCCACAAUGGGGAUGAGUCCCUGACUGACAGCUGCUCUUUGGAAGUCAGUGACAGACACCACGUGGUGCCCAUCACUCUCAGAGUGAAUGUCCGGCCAGUGGAUGAAGAGGUGUCCAUGCUGAGCCGUCCUUCUGGCACUCUGGAGUCCUAUCUCGAUGUCUUAGAAAACAGGGCUACUGAAAUCACUGCCAAUAUUAUUAAGGGGACUGAUGAGGACACUGAUGAUUUGAUGUUGACUUUCCUCUUGGAAGAUCCGCCCUUGUAUGGGGAAAUCUUAGUCAAUGGAGUGCCAGCAGAGCAGUUUACCCAAAGGGACAUCUUGGAGGGUGCUGUUGUCUAUGCCCACACUAGUGGUGAGAUAGGCCUGUUGCCCAAAGCGGACUCUUUUAACCUGAGUCUGUCAGAUAGGUCUCAAGAAUGGAGAAUCAGAGGCAGUACUAUCCAUGGAGUUACUGUGUGGGUGACCAUCCUCCCUGUUGACAGCCAGGCCCCAGAAAUUUCUGUGGGAGAACAGUUUAUAGUAAUGGAAGGUGAUAAAAGUGUUAUAACUUCAAUGCAUAUAAGUGCUGAAGAUGUUGAUUCCCUGAACGAUGACAUCUUGUGCACUAUAGUUAUUCAACCUACGUCCGGUUAUGUUGAAAACAUUUCUCCAGCACCAGGCUCUGAGAAAUCAAGAGCAGGGAUUGCCAUCAGUGCCUUCACUCUGAAGGAUCUCAGGCAGGGUCACAUCAAUUACGUCCAGAGUGUCCAUAAAGGGGUGGAGCCUGUGGAAGAUCGAUUUCUAUUUCGUUGUUCUGACGGCAUUAACUUUUCAGAGAGACAUUUUUUCCCCAUUGUAAUCAUUCCCACCAACGAUGAACAGCCGGAGAUGUUCAUGAGAGAAUUUAUGGUGAUGGAAGGCAUGAGUCUGGUGAUUGAUACACCCAUUCUCAAUGCUGCUGAUGCUGACAUUCCCCCAGACAGUUUAACUUUCACUAUUACCCAAUUCCCUACUCAUGGGCACAUCAUGAACCAGCUGAUAAAUGGCACGGUUUUGGUCGAAAGCUUCACCUUGGACCAGAUCAUAGAGAGUUCCAGCAUUAUCUAUGAGCAUGAUGACUCUGAGACCCAGGAAGACAGCCUCGUGAUUAAACUAACAGAUGGCAAGCACUCUGUGGAAAAGACGGUCCUCGUUAUGGUCAUCCCUGUUGAUGAUGAAACCCCCAGAAUGGCCAUCAAUAAUGGACUAGAAAUAGAAAUUGGGGAAACCAAAAUUAUCAACAACAAAAUAUUAAUGGCAACUGACUUAGACUCAGAAGACAAAUCUUUGGUUUAUAUUAUUCGUUAUGGGCCAGGACAUGGCUUAUUACAGAGACGAAAACCUACAGGUGCCUUUGAAAAUAUCACACUGGGCAUGAAUUUUACACAGGAUGAAGUGGACAGAAACUUAAUUCAGUAUGUCCAUGUUGGGCAAGUAGGUAUUCGAGACCUGAUUAAAUUUGAUGUGACUGAUGGAAUAAAUGCCCUCAUAGAUCGCUACUUCUAUGUGUCCAUUGGGAGCAUUGACAUUGUCUUCCCUAGUGUGAUAAGUAAGGGAGUGUCCUUGAAAGAAGGUGGCAAGGUCACUCUCACAACAGACCUCCUGAGCACUAGUGACUUGAACAGUCCUGAUGAAAACUUAGUUUUUACCAUCACCAGGGCUCCCAUGCGAGGCCACUUAGAGUGCACAGAUCAACCUGGAGCGUCCAUUGCAUCUUUCACUCAGCUCCAACUGGCUGGCAACAAAAUCUAUUACAUCCACACAGCCGAUGAUGAGGUGAAGAUGGACAGUUUUGAGUUUCAAGUCACCGACGGACGGAACCCUGUCUUCCGGACAUUCCGCAUCUCCAUUAGUGAUGUGGACAACAAAAAGCCAGUGGUCACCAUCCACAGCCUGGUUGUUAGUGAAAGUGAAAAUAAGCUGAUUACUCCCUUUGAACUCACUGUUGAAGACAGAGACACUCCUGACAAACUCCUGAAAUUCACCAUCACCCAGGUGCCCGUUCACGGCCAUCUCCUGUUCAACAAUACCAGACCUGUCACGGUUUUUACCAAGCAAGACUUGAAUGAAAACUUAAUCAGCUACAAACACGACGGCACUGAGUCAAGUGAAGACAGCUUCUCCUUCACAGUGACUGAUGGCACCCAUACAGACUUCUAUGUUUUCCCUGAUACGGUAUUUGAAACAAGGAGACCCCAAGUGAUGAAGAUCCAGGUCUUAGCUGUUGACAAUAGUGCCCCCCAAAUUGCAGUGAAUAAAGGGGCCUCUACACUUCGCACUCUGGCCACUGGCCACUUGGGGUUUAUGAUCACAAGCAAAAUACUAAAAGUGGAGGACAGAGACAGCCUACACCUUUCUCUUCGGUUUAUUGUAACAGAGGCCCCUCGACAUGGGUAUCUCCUCAACCUGGGCAGAGGCAACCACAGCAUCACCCAGUUUACCCAAGCUGACAUCGAUGACAUGAAAAUAUGCUAUGUCUUAAGAGAAGGGGUCAAUGCCACAAGUGACAUGUUCCAUUUUGCAGUUGAAGAUGGUGGUGGAAACAAGUUAACCAACCAGCAUUUUCGUCUGAACUGGGCAUGGAUCUCCUUUGAAAAGGAAUAUUACCUGAUCAAUGAGGACUCCAAAUUUUUAGAUGUCAUUCUUAAACGUAGAGGUUACUUGGGAGAAACUUCUUUUAUAAGUAUUGGCACAAGAGACGGGACUGCAAAGAAAGACAAAGACUUCAAGGGCAAAGCACAGAAACAAGUGCAAUUCAACCCAGGCCAGACCAAAGCCACGUGGAGAGUGCGGAUCCUGAGUGACGGGGAGCACGAGCAGUCUGAGACCUUCCAGGUGGUUCUCUCCGAGCCAGUGCUGGCAGCGCUAGAAUUCCCCACAGUGGCCACGGUGGAGAUCAUUGACCCAGGAGACGAAUCUACUGUAUUUAUUCCCCAGUCCGAAUACUCCAUUGAAGAAGAUGUUGGUGAACUCUACAUUCCUAUCAGGAGAAGUGGCGACGUCAGCCAGGAGUUAAUGGUGAUCUGUUACACCCAACAAGGAACGGCGACCGGAACUGUGCCCACCUCAGUGUUGUCUUAUUCUGAUUACAUAUCCAGGCCUGAGGACCACACCAGUGUUGUCCGCUUUGACAGAGAUGAACGCGAGAAAAUGUGCCGCAUAGUUGUUAUUGACGACUCCCUGUACGAAGAGGAGGAGACCUUCCAGGUCCUUCUGAGCAUGCCCACGGGCGGGAGGGUCGGAGCAGAGUUCCCAGCGACUCAGGUCACCAUCGUCCCUGACAAAGAUGAUGAACCCAUCUUCUACUUUGGCGACGUGGCGUACUCCGUGGAUGAGAGUGCCGGCCACGUGGAAGUGCAGGUGUGGAGAAGUGGCACCGACCUGUCCAGGUCUUCUAGUGUCACGGUGAGAUCUCGGAAAACGGAUCCUCCCUCUGCAGAUGCUGGAACAGACUAUGUGGGAAUCAGUCGUAAUUUAGAUUUUGCACCUGGAGUCAACAUGCAGACUGUUCGUGUUGUCAUUCUGGAUGACCUUGGACAACCAGUGUUGGAGGGAAUUGAGAAAUUUGAACUGGUGCUUCGUAUGCCUAUGAAUGCAGCCCUCGGUGAGCCCAGCAAAGCCACGGUGUCCAUAAAUGACUCUGUCUCUGACUUGCCCAAGAUGCAAUUCAAAGAACGAGUAUAUACUGGCAGUGAGAAUGACGGGCAGGUAGUGGCAAUGAUCCACAGGAGUGGAGACAGCCAGUACAGGUCUUCGGUGAGAUGUUACACGCGGCAGGGGUCCGCACAGGUGAUGAUGGACUUCGAAGAACGCCCAAACACUGAUGUCUCCACCAUCACAUUCCUCCCUGGUGAGACUGAAAAGCCUUGCAUCCUCGAGCUGAUGGACGACGUACUCUACGAAGAGGUGGAGGAGCUCCGCCUGGUACUGGGCACCCCACAAAGCAGCUCCCCCUUUGGGGCUGCGGUUGGUGAACAAAAUGAAACUCUGAUAAGGAUCCGGGAUGAUGCUGAUAAGACUGUUAUUAAAUUUGGAGAGACCAAAUUUAGUGUCACCGAACCCAAAGAACCAGGAGAGUCAGUGGUCAUCAGAAUCCCAGUGAUCCGCCAAGGAGACACUUCGAAGGUUUCCAUUGUGAGAGUCCACACCAAGGACGGCUCGGCCACCUCUGGAGAAGACUAUCACCCCGUGUCAGAAGAAAUCGAGUUUAAGGAAGGAGAAACCCAGCACAAUGUUGAAAUUGAAGUCAUCUUUGAUGGGGUAAGAGAGAUGAGAGAGGCCUUCACAGUUCACCUAAAACCUGAUGAAAAUAUGAUAGCAGAGACUCAGGCAACCAAGGCCAUUGUGUAUAUAGAAGAAAUGAACAGCAUGGCAGAUGUCACUUUUCCUUCCAUCCCUCAGAUCGUGUCCCUGUUGAUGUACGAUGACAUGUCCAGAGCUAAGGAGAGUGUUGGACCCGUGUCUGGCUAUCCUGUCAUCUGUAUCACAGCUUGCAACCCCAAAUAUUCAGACUAUGACAAAACAGGCUCUAUUUGUGCAAGUGAGAGUAUCAAUGACACUUUGACACAGUACCGAUGGCUGAUCAGUGCACCUGCCAGCCCUGAUGGUGUAACCAGCCCCAUGAGAGAACUGGACUUCGACACCUUUUUUACAUCAUCCAAGAUGAUCACGCUGGACUCCAUCUACUUCCAGCCCGGCUCACGGGUGCAGUGCGCGGCUCGUGCUGUGAACGCCGAUGGGGACGAAGGCCUGGAGCUGAUGAGCACCAUUGUAACCAUUGGCAGAGAGGAAGGUCUUUGCCAGCCCCGCGUGCCUGGGGUCGUGGGGGCAGAGCCAUUCUCAGCUAAACUGCGCUACACGGGCCCUGAGGACCCAGACCACACAAACCUUAUCAAGCUCACUGUCACGAUGCCACACAUAGACGGCAUGCUCCCUGUGAUCUCCACUAGAGAGCUUUCCAACUUUGAGCUCACCCUGAGCCCCGAUGGCACAAGAGUUGGAAACCACAAGUGCUCCAACCUCUUGGAUUACACUGAAGUGAAGACCCACCAUGGUUUCCUGACUGAUGCUAUGAAAAAUCCAGAAAUCAUUGGAGAGACGUAUCCUUAUCAGUACAGCUCAUCUAUCAGAGGUUCUAGUACCUUACGCUUCUACCGAAACCUGAACCUGGAGGCCUGUUUGUGGGAGUUUGUCAGCUACUAUGACAUGUCAGAACUCCUCACUGACUGUGGAGGCACCAUUGGAACAGAUGGACAGGUCCUAAACCUAGUGCAAUCCUAUGUGACCCUUCGAGUCCCUCUGUAUGUUUCCUACGUGUUCCAUUCCCCCGUGGGGAUAGGAGGCUGGCAGCAUUUUGACUUGAAAUCGGAGCUUCGUCUAACUUUUGUGUAUGACACUGCCAUCUUGUGGAACGAUGGGAUUGGCAGCCCCCCAGAAGCGGAACUCCAAGGUUCCCUCUACCCAACCAGCAUGCGCAUCGGUGAGGAGGGGCGCCUGGCUGUGCACUUCAAGACCAAGGCUCAGUUCCACGGCUUGUUUGUGCUGUCACAUCCGGCCUCCUUUACAAGCUCAGUGAUCAUGUCAACUAAUCAUCCGGGCCUGACAUUCUCCCUCCGCCUCAUAAGGAGUGAACCCACCUAUAACCAGCCGGUGCAGCAGUGGAGCUUCGUCUCUGACUUUGCAGUACGUGACUACUCGGGGACCUAUACGGUAAAACUGUUGCCAUGUACCACCCCACCCCACCAGGAGUACCGCCUGCCCGUCACCUGCAACCCCAGAGAGCCUGUCACCUUUGACCUGGACAUCCGAUUCCAACAGGUCAGUGAUCCAGUGGCGGCUGAGUUUAGCUUGAACACCCAAAUGUACCUACUCUCCAAGAAGAGUCUCUGGUUGUCUGAUGGAUCCAUGGGAUUUGGGCAAGAGAGUGAUGUUGCUUUUGCAGAAGGUGAUAUAAUUUAUGGUCGUGUUAUGGUGGAUCCCGUCCAGAAUCUGGGGGACUCCUUUUACUGCAGCAUUGAGAAGGUGUUCCUGUGCACUGGCGCCGACGGCUACGUCCCCAAGUACAGUCCGGCGAAUGCAGAGUACGGCUGCCUGGCGGACUCUCCUUCACUCUUAUAUCGAUUUAAAAUUGUGGACAAAGCCCAGCCAGAGACACAAGCCACCAGCUUUGGGAAUGUCCUGUUUAAUGCCAAGCUGGCCGCGGAUGACCCUGAGGCCAUUCUCUUAGUGAAUCAGCCUGGAUCUGAUGGAUUUAAAGUCGACUCAACACCACUCUUUCAGGUUGCUCUGGGCCGAGAAUGGUAUAUACACACGAUCUACACAGUAAAAUCAAAAGACAACGCCAAUCGAGGUAUUGGCAAAAGAAGUGUGGAGUACCACUCUCUGGUGAGUCAAGACAAGCCCCAAGGCACCCCCAAGAGCCGGAAGAGGAGGGAGAUCAGGAGCACGCCCCCGUUGGCGUGGGAAAUCGGUGCUGAAAACAACCGAGGAACCAACAUCCAGCACAUUGCCCUGGACUGCACCAGCAAGAGGCAGAUCCCCCCGGGGAGAGUCCCUCCUGAUGGCGUCCUGCCCCGGGAGCUCGACAGUCCCAGCUCUGAGGUCAGCCUGGUCACCGUCGUGGGAGGCAUCGCGGUGGGAUUACUCAGCAUCUGCCUCACGGGCAUUGCAGUGAUGAUGUGCAAGAACAAGGAGAGGUUCAGGAGGAAGGACGCCCCGAAGGGCUCUGGCAGCGGCCAGCCCAUGAUGCCCCCUCAGAGCCACCACAAUGACAGCUCAGAGGUUUGAUGACUGCAGGUGGAAUUCAACCUUUUCCUCAAGUGCCUCAGAAAAGACCGCAAUAGAACCUCAGAUACUUCGGAUAAGCUGCAGAGAAUUGGGGACUUCCAUGAUGAAGCUGCUCAGAAGGCAUGACUGUACUCUAAUGUACUUUGAUUUGAAUUCUGUCUACUCUUUGAUGUAUCAAAGGACAAAUCAAGACCACCUCUUUCCUCAUGCCCAGAAGGCAGCAACACCGUAUUCACACAUACACAAAGCCAUAGAAGGACAAUGAGGAAUGUACUUCUUGUUGUAAACAUAUUCUCUACAUGGUGGGGAUGAACCUAUUGCAAGGUGCUAACAGACUCUUUCAGAAGUGGGAGAAGAGUCUAUCGUUACUAAGUUAGUGUGAACUUUGAAGGUGCAAUUACCACACUGUUUAUUCGUUGUAUAACAGAUUAUUACUAGAAAGGUUUUAAUUGGUAGUCUGGAAAAAUGGUGAACACACUGUUUAUCAUGACAAGUUUUCAAAUAAGUGAAGACAGCAUAGAAUUACGACGAGGGGUAGAUCAACCCACAAAUCACCUUAUCUGCUAUUCGGGAGAAAGUGGAAGGAAAGACAGAGGGAAGGGAAUUCAUUCACUCAGAUGUGAAUUGCUUCUCAUCCUCAUCAGACCCUCCUUGUUUUAUUUGCUUAUUUAAUUUUAAAUUAAACCAAAGAAUAUGUUAAUUCUGUAAGAGAUUUGUAAGAGA